CAAUUCUCGAACACCAUGCCCACCCCCACACCUAUCUAAUCACCCAACCCCCAAUUGCGUUCUCAUAACCCGUAACAAAAAGAACCAAACUACACAACCGCCCUCUCCUAACCCGCGCCGCGAAGAACCACCACCAUGUCCACCACCACCACCACCACCCCCCUCCCGGCCACCUCCAAAUCCCUCACCUUCCUCGCGCCCGCCACUCCGCCGCACGUCAUCUCCACGCCUCUCGCGGCCCCGGCCGCCAGCGAGCUCGUCGUAAAAGUGCACGCGGCCGCGAUCAACCCCGUGGACAUCCAGCUCUGGAACUCGGCGCUGCUGGGGUGGCUGGCGGGGAAGAAAGAGAAGGGCAUUGGGCGGGACUACUCCGGGACCGUGGUCGCGGUGGGCGCGGGCGUGAAGGGGUGGAAGGAGGGGGAUGAGGUGUUUGGGUUGAUUAGUCGGCCGACAGGCGAAGGCACAUUCAGCGAAUACGUCCACCCCAUCAUCGGCAAAGACCCCAUCGCGAAGAAGCCGACAUGCUGGACGCACGAGAUGGCUGCCGCGGUGCCGCUGGUGGUGCUGACGGCGUUCUCGUGUCUGGACUGGCUGCCGGCGGACAAGAAGAAGAAUGGGUUUGGGCGCGUGGUUGUGGCGGGCGCGUCCGGGGGCGUGGGGAUGUGGUGUGUGCAAUUGGCCAAGAAGCUCUACGAUUGCAACGUAACCGGCAUCUGCUCCGCCAAAAACGCAGACUUCGUGCGCCAGAUGGGCGCAGACGAGAUCGUCGACUACACCUCCGAAUUCGUCAGCCAAGCGCUGCUCGAAAACCUGCCCGCGGGCCGCCAGUACGACCUCUACAUCGACUGCGUCGGCGGCACCGAGCUCUUCGCCGACCUGCACGCCCUGCUGCACCCGCAAGCCGCCUACGUGACCAUCGUCGGCGACAAGACCAGCCGCACCGCCAUGGGCGGCCCGCUGACCUACCUCUACACCCCCGCGCAGGUGCUGCGCUUCCUCAAGGGCUUGCUCUGGGGCCCGCGGUACGCGAAUGUCCUGCUGUACGCCAAGAGCGAGCUGCUGGAACAGGUGGCGGGGCUGGCGGAGCGGGGGGAGGUGGAGGUGGUGGUGCAGGAGGUUGUGAGGGGGUUGUUGUUGGAGGAGGAGGGGGGUAGUGAGGAGGCGUGGAAGCGGGUAUAUGAGUUUAUGGAGGGGGGGCGGGUUAGGGGGAAGAUUGUUGUUGCGAUUGAGUGA